AUGAACCAAUUCUAUGUUUUCAUUUUGUUCGUAGUUUUUAUUACAAUCGGUUAUGCAGGUCUUACUUAUGUUUACUCUUCCUUGCCAUUUCCUCAAUUUUAUCGGCAAAGACAAGAUGAACUAACAAAAAUCUUACAGAACUAUGAUGAUACCAGAGGAUGGAUCUCAUCAUCACUCUACGCUGAACUGAAUUCCUACAUUGCAACUCGUAAGUAUACAACUCGUAACGUCAAGAAGACCUUUGCCAUAAAAAAUCAUACAGCAACAAAUCUUCCAUUAAAUUAUGAUUAUAUUGAAUUUAUCAAAGACGAUCGUACGAAAAUCUAUCCUUAUUCAUCAUGGAAAUGUUCCGAAACAUCAAACAGUGAUUUCGAAACAAGUGGCGGGUAUUGCGUUUUAACAAAUAUCUAUUAUCAGUCAUCUACUGACCUGUACUAUUUUUUCCAAGAUCCAUCAUCUCAGGGACAACCAGAUACGAGAAGAGAUACAUUUAUGGUUCCUUACGGUGUUUUUAAAUUAAACAUAACUGAUAAUAUUAAAAUUAUAGAAAGACUAAAUCUUGCAGCUAUCUUGACGCGACCACUUUUAAUUAAUUAUCCGCCUGAUACUAAUUAUGCGCAUGGCUUUCUUGAAACAUGUGCUCCUCGAUUUUGGACAUUAGCAGAAUGUCAAUCACAUCCAUCUUAUAUUGAUCCAGCGAAAAUUCAGAUUUAUUUUACAUCAUAUCUUCUUCGUUAUCAACCAAAUAGGGAUAAUUACCAUCGACAAUCAGAUGGAACUUACAUUCCUGUAAGAAGAUGGGAACAAAUGAUUCAAUCAAUGUUUUCUAUCUAUCCACUAUUAACAUAUCAAUCAUUCAAUGGUUCAACUGUUAUGUUUCAGUAUGCAUUAUUGACAGGCGACAACAAGCCUCGAGUAGCAGCUUGGGGCCACCACUAUACAACAAAUCGAAUGUUUCAGUCAUUUCCAUUUCCAACUGUUCAUUAUCGUCGAGCUUACUUAGCUUAUUCUGAAUGGAUAUUGAAUAGUUUUAAUCUUAAAUCGAAAUUUGAACUAACCUCAGUUCAAGAAGAAUUACAGCAUAAGAAAUUAUCCGAACAAAUUCCUGUUUGUGAUCAAACAUGUUCUGAUCAUAGAAAAAAUAAUAUUUCAUCGAAUGAAUUCACUGGUGAAUGGAUUGUUGUUCUUAAUCGUGUUGGAAUUCGUCGUCGUGAAAUGAUAAAUGCUGAUGAAUUAGUGCGCUAUCUUUUAAAAGCAUUUCCUGAUCGUAAAAAUCCAUAUUUACGAGUUUGGCCUAAACAAUUUAAUUUUAACGACAAUCUGUACGACACAGCGCGAAUGGCUCGAUCAAUACGUUUACUAAUCGGUGUUCAUGGAGCAGGUUUAUCGAAUACUUUAUUUAUGAGACCAGGUGCUAUUCUAUAUGAAGUUAACCCAUAUGGUUGUCGUCACUUAUCAUUCAAUUUUAAACGUUGGGCUAACGUUUUUAAUCUUCAACAUGCUUUAUGGGUUCCAUUUAAAGGAGAAAAUGGUCAAACAGAUGACGUUUGUGAUCGUGAAGGACCGACAACGUUAAAUAUAAAAGACAUCAUUAAUGAAGUAAAAGGUUUGCUAAAAGAUGAAGCUGAAUAUCGAACGGGCUACUUACGACGAGCAUUAAAGAUAAUCACAGAUACGUCAAUUGUCGAUCGUCCACCAUCAGGUUUUGAAAACAUUUUAUAG